CAUCAAACUCUCUCUCUCUCUCUCUCUCACACGCACACAGACACAACACCCACCAAGGGCUCCUUCUCUCUCUUCGCUUUCCUCCCUCGUUUUCCUGUUGGCGUGCUGAGAGCAAGUUCCGGCUCGAUCACUCGGAACCCUAGUUCUUAUUCACUCGCGGGAAAGUUUUGAGGGAGCACAAGAGAAGUAAAGAUGUGGAAGCUUAAGAUUGGAGAGGGAGCGAACGACCCCUACCUGUUCAGCCUGAACAACUUCGUGGGGAGGCAGAUAUGGGAGUUCGACCCGGAGGCCGGGACUCCCGAGGAAAGGGCCGAGGUCGAGGCCGCCCGCCAGAACUUCUACAACAACCGCUUCAAGGUCCGCCCCAGCUCCGACCUCCUCUGGCGGUUCCAGUUCCUGAGGGAGAAGAAGUUCAAGCAGACGACCCCUCCGGUGAAGAUCGAGGACGGCGAGGAGAUCAGCUACGAGAAGGCGACCGCCGCCGUGCGGCGGGCCGUCAGCUUCUGGUCUGUUCUGCAGUCCGACCAUGGCCACUGGCCCGCCGAGAACGCCGGCCCCAUCGCCUUCUACUUCCCUCCCCUGGUCAUGAGUCUGUACGUGACCGGACAUCUGAACACCGUCUUCCAUGCCGAGCACCGCCGGGAGAUCCUCCGCUACAUUUACUACCAUCAGAACGAAGAUGGUGGCUGGGGACUCCACAUUGAAGGCCACAGUACGAUGAUCGGGACGGUCCUCAACUACGUCUGCAUGCGCCUUCUCGGCGAAGGGCCCGAUGGAGGACUCGACAAUGCUUGCGAGAGAGGGAGGAAGUGGAUCCUCGACCGCGGCGGUGCCAUCAAAACCGCCUCCUGGGGCAAAACUUGGCUCGCGAUCAUUGGUUGUUAUGAAUGGGCUGGAUCCCACCCAAUGCCCCCAGAGUUUUGGGACUUCCCUUCAUUCAUGAGUCCAGCACAAAUGUUCUGCUACUGCCGUCUGACUUACAUGCCCAUGUCGUAUCUGUACGGGAGAAAGUUUGUCGGUCCCAUCACCCCUCUCAUCAAGCAAAUCAGAGAAGAAAUCUACAACGAACCUUAUGAUCAAAUCUCGUGGUGGAAAGUCCGCCACUUAUGCGCACCGGAAGAUGCACACUAUCCUCACACGAGAUUGCAGACCCUCAUGUGGGAUACUCUCUACUUUGGCACCGAGCCUCUUCUCAACCGAUGGCCAUUCAAGAAGAUUAGGGAUAUUGCCAUUCAGAAAACAAUGGAGCACAUUCAUUAUGAGGAUGAGAACAGCAGAUACAUUACCAUCGGUUGCGUGGAAAAGCCAUUGAUGAUGCUUGCUUGUUGGGUCGAGGAUCCACAUGGGGAAGCUUUUAAGAAGCAUCUAUCCAGAGUCGCAGAUUAUGUCUGGGUUGGAGAAGAUGGAAUUAAGAUGCAGAGCUUUGGAAGUCAAGUGUGGGAUUGUGGUCUCAGCCUUCAAGCGGUGCUUACUAGCGAUCUCAUCGAUGAAUUUGGCCCUGUCCUUAAGAAAGGACAUGAAUUUCUGAAGGAAUCUCAGAUUGACCGAAACCCCUCUGGCGACUUAAAGAAAAUGUACCGUCACAUUUCCAAAGGAGCAUGGGCUUUCUCGGACAAAGAUCAUGGAUGGCAAGUUUCGGAUUGCACGGCAGAAAGUUUGAAGUGUUGCCUACUUUUCGCUAUGAUGCCGCCGGAAAUUGUUGGACAAAAGAUGGAACCUGAGAAGCUGUAUGAUGCUGUCAAUGUUAUCCUCUCUUUACAGAGCAAGAAUGGUGGUAUGUCAGCCUGGGAGCCAUCAGGAGCUGGAUCAUGGCUAGAGUGGCUUAACCCGGUGGAGUUUCUUGAGGACCUCGUUAUUGAAUACGAGUACGUGGAGUGUACUUCAUCUUCAAUCCAGGCAUUACUUCUGUUUAGGAAGUUACACCCUGGGCACAGGAAGAAGGAGAUCGACAAGUUCAUUGUGAAUGCUACUCAGUUCAUUCUAGACAUUCAAAAGCCCGAUGGUUCGUGGUAUGGCAAUUGGGGCAUUUGCUUCAUCUAUGGCACUUGGUUUGCGCUAGUUGCCCUGGAGGCUGUCGGCAGGACUUACGAAAACUGUGAAGCUGUGCGCAGAGGGGUUGAAUUUCUGCUUAACACUCAGCUUGAAGAUGGCGGUUGGGGAGAGAGCUACCUUUCAUGCCCCACAAAGUCUUACAAGCCUCUUGGUCACACAAACUUGAUACAUACGUCACUGGCCAUGAUGGGUUUGAUCCAUGCUGGACAGGUUGAGAGAGAUCCCACACCUAUUCACCGGGGCGCGAAGAUCCUGAUCAACGCUCAACUAGAUGAUGGCGAUUUCCCUCAACAGGAGCUGAUGGGUGUCUUCAUGAGGAACUGCAUGCUGCACUACUCGGCCUACCGGAACAUCUUCCCCACCUGGGCCCUCGCAGAGUACCGCCGAUUCGUGCCCUUGCCUUCCAAAGGACACUAGAUCUGACCCCGUUCCCUCCACAAGCGCGGCAAGCACGGGGGACAAGCCCAAUAAACAAAGAGUCGAAGUAACGUUUUCAUGUAUAGAUGUUCACGUGCUUUGGUGUAAAUCCCGCCCGAAAUAACCUUAAGCCUUAAGCGCCCCCACCACAAGAUGCAAUGUCUGUAUUCCCUUGUUACUAUUACUUCAGCUGUAAUGUCCUGGACGACAUGGAAAGUCAUGGACCCUCCCUCACUCUCAAAGUGGAAGUCGAACCCAGAAGAGAGAGAGGCGUCUUCUUGUAAGCGAGAUGGAUAUUCUUUUUCCUUGGCAAAAUGAAAAUAACUAGAUCUUCUGUGGAAUAA